AUGCCUUCUGCCGCGCAGCAAAGUCCCUCUGACACCUCGUCCGACGACGCCCUCGAGGCGAAGCGCAGCCUCUCGUGCCACACCGCCGGUUGCCUGAAGAUCGGAAGCAUCCCCCAGUCCUCCACAAUCACCCUCACCAACUCUCUCCCAGAUCCCACUGUCACCCUCUUCCCGCCCUGCGAAACCACUGAUGGCGGCGUACGGGCCUGGCUGUCUGUCCUCGGCGCGUCACUGGCAUUGUUCGCGACCUUUGGGCUUAUGAACGCUUUUGGUACCUUCCAAGCAUGGUACUCGAGCCACCAAUUGCAGCAUCUUCCCCCUUCGACUAUAUCGUGGAUUGGGUCUUUGCAGCUGUGGAUGUUCUUCUUCGCUGGUGGCCCAGUUGGGCGGCUGUAUGAUUCGUACGGUCCCACGGCGUUGAUGAUCAUCGGAACGAUUCUCUACCUUUUUAGCUUGAUGAUGACUAGCAUCUCAACCCAAUUCUAUCAGUACGUUCUUUGUCAAGGCAUCGUGUUUGGACUUGGUGUCGGCAUGCUAUUCUAUCCAUGCAUGGCGAGCGUGUCGACACAUUUUCUCAAGCUUCGCGCAACGGCCCUGGGAAUCGCUGCCGCUGGAUCAAGUUUGGGGGGCGUCGUCUACCCCAUCUUGUUACGACAACUUUUCGAUAAAGUUGGUUUUGGAUGGGCUGUCCGCAUCGCUGGAUUCAUCGGCGCUGCGUGCUGCGUUGUCGCCGUGUUGACAGUGAGCUCGCGUGUACCUCCCACCCGACCGAAAGCCACCGCCUUCAACUUCGCUGGGUUCAAAGACCUGCAAUUCAUCCUCCUGACGGCUGGAGGCUGUUUCGUCGCCCUCGGUCUAUUCAUUCCAUUCUUCUAUCUUGCGGAAUUUGCGCACGCCAUCGGCAUAUCUACACACCUCUCAUUCUACGUGCUCGCAGUCCUCAACGGUGGUGGGGUCCUCGGGCGCAUCGCCCCAGCGUACCUGUCUGAUGCCCUAGGUCGCUUCAACCUCCUCGCCCCAUCCGCGUUCCUCGCCGGCCUGUCGUGCGUCUCGAUCUGGCUCUUCACGCACGAGAUCAUCGCCCUCAUGUUUUUCGCCGCCGUUUAUGGCUUCUUCUCAGGCGCCUUCAUCUCCCUCAUCACGCCCUGCGUCGCGCAGAUAUCAGAAAUGAACGAGAUCGGGACGAGGAUCGGGACUCUGUAUACAGUGAUAUCGUUCCCAUCCCUCCUCGGUGGCCCCAUCGGGGGAUUCCUGUUGACAAGGGGUCGGGGAUCGUACGUCCCAAUGGCAACCUUCGCUGGAUCAGCCAUCAUCAUUGGCUCCUUCCUCAUCCUGUGGUCUAAGCUCCGAAUCAACACCAAUUUUCUCGCCCGUGUAUAG